UGCCGUUCGCAGGGCCGUGCCUCGCUUUGCAAUGGAAAGUUUUCUCUGUGGUUUUGCCAUUGUCGAGUCAGGUGCACGGCGGACGUAGUCCGGAUCGCAGACCCUUUGGGUCAUCACUGCAGACCUUUAACCUUCCGUCGUAGACCUUCCAAGCUUGGCGAUUGACUCACAUCAUCAGCCUGGACCGCUCAUCCGACCGCUAAUCAGAAACCCGGCCGUUCGGCUCCCUUUCAUUUCUCUUGCCUUUCAGCAUCCUGCCCACGUCACAGCUCCAACAGAGUCGCAAGUGCCCAUGUCAGCCCAAGAACAGCAUCCGCAUGGCAGCCGGGCAGGUCUGGUCAACGCCCGACUGUCAGAUGAGGACCUGAUCAGCGUCAUCGCCGGUUUGGUGAUGCCGUCAACACCAGACUCGACUCAGCCCGAACGCCUUCCGAAGCGAAGAAAGCUGAGUAGGAUGUGGUCUCCGUUGCAAGAGAAGCAUUUCAAUAGCGCCCACAGCACCGGUCAGACUAUGAACGCAAAGCAAGGGAACGCAAGCGAGGUUACAAGCAGACUUGCUGUGGAUAUGCAACGGCUUUCCACGACUUGGUGCGCAGAACCGAAAGAGCGAAGGCAGGAGCCAACGCUGAGAAAGCGGAUCUCUGGUGGACUACUUAAGUCGCCACGCCUGGGCGUGAGGGAGCAUUCUGAACCAGCGAGAGAGUCCGUCUGCAGGUCUAGCUCCUCGCAAUGGCUGCUAGUGGACAAGGAUGGCGCAUUCUCAAAUGUGCCUGAUCAUCUCUCUUCGACGAGCCAGGAACGCUGUGGAGCCAAGGACGAGAAAGAGUGGUGCAUCAUCGACGCCUCUGAAUUUGGACCGAGCGAGCAGAGGCGCAGCAAAAGGCAAACCUCUACCAGAUCGACUCCGCUCGUCGUUCCGACAGUCAUGCUGACCUCUAGCUCGCAUGACUCGCUCUCGGAGGAGAAGACUUGCGACGCUCUCGAUACCUCAAGGUGGUACAUGUCCAACUACAACCCCUUGUCGGACCUCCUACAUCCCAGCGAAGCCACCUCGCCUCAUCCUCGGACCUACACGCGGGAAAUCGCCCGUGUGCCAAGGAAUGCGCAGGCAUGGGCAGAAUCGAACUCCAGCAAGCACGAUGAGCCCAGGCUAGCCGACUUUGGCGAUGGCGAGGUAUUUCUCCUUGGCACCCAACAUCCUCAACGGGCGCAGAGGUCAUCCGCGCGUGAGGACGAUGGGAAGCCGAGACGUCGUCGAGGGUCCAAAAGACGCGCGGCAGAAGGAGAGGUAACACUGUCAGGUAGCACUGGAAAGCCUGCUCUGGCGAGCUUAGCCUCCGCGAGUCGCGAGAAAGUGAGAAUUGAAGGAAGCGGACGCGGCAAUGCGGGGCAGGAUUCGAGCAAGCUCGAGAAUGAGCACGAACAGGCGAAAUUGCAAGCCACGCUUUCGGAGAGGGGCCGUCGUCGGAGGCACUAUGCGACGGAUCGAACAGUGCUCAGGAAACUCAACGACGAACGAGCCAUCCUAGGAAUUGGCAGGCCUGGUAUGUCAAAAGCCGACGAGAGCCAUAACAGGGGAGAUGGCUCGGCGCUUCUUACAACAGAGCAGGCGCGGCCGGUUAAUGAAGACCAUGUAUCUUCACCGCAAGCCCUCGAACAUGAAGCUACGUCGGGCCGCGAAAGGCAGCUAGAGCCUGCAAGCAGCAUGGUGCCGAUUCGCGAGUCUUCACUGCCUUCAGGCCCGCCUUCGUCAGACGGUGCAGCGUGAUCUACACGGCUUGCGCAAGACCGCGUCCAGCUACAUCAACUGCACACCUUUUGCACAUUGAUCUGCACCUUCUUAGUUGCGAUGCUGUCCUCGUUUCUCCCACGCUCCGGCGCACUCGUCACUUCAUGGAAAGGCAGAUAGGCUGGAAGCAGCAAAUGUUAAUCGCGAGAGCACUUUUGUUGUGUACAGGAUGCAAGGGUGACGUGUCGAUCAAACUUCAUUAGCAAAGCAGAGAGAGUGCUGUCGCUUGCGACGCAGCGGUCAUGGUGCGCCAUCAAGCUCCUGGCGCAAAGCGUCGCUUCUUUUUGGUGUUGAACACAGCCUUCAAGGCAGCCUCAGAAGGCCGUCCUCGUUCUUGCUGGCGAUUGGCAGAAGCGUUUCUUGCA